GGGCUGCAGUGUUCAGCUGAGGGGAGUUGCCCUGCAGUCAUUUAUCACCGUGUCCUCGAGGUCGAGCAGCAAUCGGCCUCCAUUUGACACAGUCUGUAAACGGCCACAUCAGCAGACAGAUAAUCAGCGAGAUAAAGAAGAGCAUCCUCGGUGCCAGUUCUGGUAGGAGGGGGCAGAUAGUGGCAGCGGAGGGUAUAAAUUGAGUCCAGGGGGGCAUUAACAGUCCCACGGUCUGCUAGAGCUUCAUCACCAGCUGAUUCAACCCAACCAGCCUGCAGAAAUGACCUUUAACGGAACCUGGAAGGUUGACCGCAGCGAGAACUAUGACAAGUUCAUGGAGCAGAUGGGCGUUAAUCUCAUGAAACGGAAGCUGGCAGAACACGACAACCUGAAGAUCACCAUCGAGCAGAACGGAGACAAGUUCCACGUCAAGGAGUCGAGCACCUUCAGAAGCAAAGAGAUCGACUUCACGCUGGGCGUCCAGUUCGAAUACGAUCUGGCCGAUGGAACCGAACUCGCAGGAGCGUGGGAGAUGGAGGGCGACAUGCUGAAAGGCAAGUUCACCAGGAAAGACAACGGCAAAGCCCUGACCACCACCAGGACUCUGGUGGGCGGAGAGAUGGUGCAGAGCUACAGCUACGAAGGCGUGGAAGCCAGGAGGAUCUUCAAGAAGCAGUAACCUGGAUGCUGCACUUCGUACGUUAUUGUUUUUAUAGACACAGUAUGGAUUUUUCUAACUACAGGACACAGUUAAGAGAAGAUAUUCUAUUACAAUAUACCUCAAAAUGUUGGCAAAGUUUAGACAGAAGAACCAAUGAGGAGAAAAGAAAAGUGUGAAACAGUAAACUGGUCAGCUGAAGAAGUUUCCAGUAGAGAUGUGGAGCUGCAAAGAAAACAGUCAAAACAGCAGCUAGAAAUGACCCAUUUAAACGGUCAGUUCACCCAAAUCAUGGCGUUUCAGAUGCCUCUAGUGUCGCUGAAUAAAUCUGUUUGAUUCUUUUCCACUCCUGUCCAACUAUUUUGACGCUUUACUGGUUUUUCUUGAAGAAUCCCAUUUAAAAAACUCAACGGCAUUCUCCAGAAACAAAGCCACAGCAGGUAUUGGCAACACUUUCCACUGGUACCAUUCAUUUCCAAGAGAGCUACUGGGCAAUGCAUUUGCAACUCAAAACCAAUGAAAAUCCUUCAUGUUUUGGUGGAUUUCACAACUAAAGAGAUGAAAAUGCAGAAAACUGUCCACUUAUUUCAAAGCUACUGCAUUAAACCCAACUGUUUUGGGUAUUUUGGGUGAACUGUCCCUUUUAAUGUCUCACUUGUUGAGCUUGAUUUGCUGUCAUCUGCCUCAAAACGACAGCAGCUCCACCCAGUAAUGAUUACAGGCAUUAGAUUUUGGGAAAUACUUUAAUUUGCACAAAUAGAACUGAUGGUGUAGAGUGUUUUACAAUAAAGCAGCUUUUGUGUGUCA